ACCUGCUCUUGUACUGUGGCAAGUAAAAGAGGGGUACUCACUCACUAUCAGAGCAAGUAAGCUGCAAUCGGAUGCUCAGGCUCAGAACUCAGAGGCCUAGCAUAAUGGCGCUGGGCAGCGUUUGAUUCGUUGCCUGCUGCAUCGUAUUCUCUGCUCCCGGGUUCGGGGGUUCUCCGUCCGCCAAGCCGGCGCGUUCGACCCGGUAGCCCGAAACCGCCCGUAUAUCAUGGGAACUUUUCAGUACACGGUGGAUCGAACCGAACUACUUCCGCGCUGGCACGCCACCGGCAGGCACCGCCGUCGCCGAACCAAAACCAACUGCUCUCCACUCUCGUACGUACUCGAUCGGCUCUUGCCUCUCGCGAGUUUAAAGUUGCCGCUCGCCACCUCGCGGCCUCGCCUCACGCGUCCAUGCCCCGGUACCCCCGGCAAUGGCAGCCGCAGCGGUGACGUCGCCGGACCCCUUCGCGUUCCACUGCCCCGUCGCUCCGGCCGAGGCCGACGUCGGCGAGUUCGAGUUCCACGUCGUGCCAGCCGCCGCGGCAGCGCUCUCGGCCGCCGACGAGCUCUUCUCCGGCGGGAAGCUCGUGCCUUUGCACCGGCCGGCGCCCGCAUCGGCGCCCUGCUCCCCUCCGCCGUGCCUGGACGUGGAGCCCGCGUCCUCCGAGCCGACGUCGCCUCGCGCCCCGCGAUGCGCCGGGCGCCGCUGGCGCGACCUCCUCCUCCUCGUCUCCGGCUCCAGGAAACCCAAGGCUACCGCCGCCGACGCCAGCAACCGCGCGGCGGGUGGGUAUCUGCACGCGGUACGGGAGACGCAUUUCCGGCCGCUCCUCUCGCGGGACUCGUCCUCGUCCUCGUCCUCGGCGUCCUCGGCCGACUCGGGAAAGAACGCGCGCCGCGCGCCGCCGUCGUGUUCCCCGCUUCGGACGCGGUCGGCGCCCGUGGCGAACCUGCUCCACCUCAUGUCGUCCAGGACGAAACCUACCGGCGGCGACAAGGCCGGCGCCGGCCCGGACGCGCCGCCGCGCCCGAAGCGGCAGGAGCCGGCGGGCGCGCACCCGCUCCUGGCCCGAGCCUCGUCUUCUUCGUCCUCGGCGUCCUCCUCGGACUCCUGCAGGAACCCUCGCGCGGGCGCGGGGCCGUGGCGGCCGCGCGGCCCCUCUCGUCCGUCCCGGCCCGCGGUGGCCGCGGAGAGCCCGCGCGUGAGCGCGUCCGGACGCGUGGUGUUCCGCGGCCUGGAGCGCUGCUCGAGCACGCCGGCGUCGGCGGGCGCCGCGCCGCGCCGGCCGCGGCCGAGGGGCAUGGAGCGGUCCUACUCGGCCAAUGUGCGCGUGGAUCCCGUGAUCAAUGUCUUCGGCUUCGGCCACCUGUUCAUGCCGUCGUCGCCGGCCAAGGAGAGGGACGUCGCGGGCCGUAGGAACAGGCCGGAGAAGCUGGCCAUGGUGCUGAGAGAUCCACAGGAUUAGCGGCCACGCUUGUGCGAUAAUGAUGCAUUGGAUUCUCCUUGUCUCUUUUUUUUUUUUGUUGUUGUUGUUGUUGUUGUUUCCGAUCGUUGUAAUAUAACGCCAACUCCCAGUGUUUAGUUCAGUUGUAGGAUCAGAACAAGAGAAAUUCCAGGGAAACUUUGGUGAGA